AUGGGUAAAGCUAAAAAGUCACCCAAAUUUGCUGUUAUGAAGAAGCUUGUCACCUCCAAAGCAAUCAAAAGCUAUAAAGAAGAUGUUUUGAAUCCAGAAAAGAAGAAAAAACUUGAUGAAAAGUUACCUAGAAACGUCCCUAAGCAUUCUUCGGCGCUUUUCUUUCAAUACAAUACUGCCUUGGGACCUCCUUAUCGUGUUUUGGUGGAUACUAACUUCAUCAAUUUCUCCAUCCAGAAUAAAUUGGAUUUGGAGAAAGGAAUGAUGGAUUGCUUAUAUGCAAAAUGUACCCCAUGUAUUACAGACUGUGUAAUGGCAGAACUAGAGAAGUUGGGCCAAAAAUAUCGUGUAGCUCUGAGGAUUGCAAAGGAUCCUCGAUUUGAGAGAUUACUAUGUAUUCAUAAGGGUACCUAUGCUGAUGACUGCCUUGUUGAAAGAGUUACUGGGAAUAAGUGCUUCAUUGUCGCAACAUGUGAUCGAGACUUGAAGAGGAGGAUCCGGAAGAUUCCUGGUGUGCCGAUAAUGUACAUCACCAAACACAGAUACUCAAUUGAGCGGUUGCCUGAAGCAACAAUUGGCGGAGCACCUAGAAUUUGA